CGCAAUCAGAGAGCGGAGAGCGGUAACCGCGGAGGCCUGUAGUGCGAUGCUUGCGUCCACGGCGGCUACUUACUACAGUACUUCUGGGGGUCGAUAAGUAGCAGUUGCGCAGGAUAACGGUGGGGCUAAGCUUGUGGCGGAGGCGGCUUCUCUUCUUCUUCACCCGGGGAAGAUAGAUCCUGUUGCAAGUUCGAGAGGUGAUUCCGCUGACUUGUCAUGCACAACUUUCUAAGGGGAAAAGGUGCUCGCAAAUGGCCAGUGACGCAAACGAUGCAGAGCAGGCAACCGAACAUCAGUUGGCAAGCAUCAGCCGCCUCACACCAGACGUCCUGCACGAGAUACUUCUCCGGCUUCCGGUCAGCACUCUGCAGAGACUCCGCGGGACGUGCCACCAAUGGCGCGGCGUACUCAGCGACCCGUGCUUCAUCAUGGAUCAUGCCAAUCGUGCACCGGAGCACCUCCUCCUCUUCCUGCCCAGGCUGGAGGCCUCGGCGAGCCUCAAGACCGCCAUGCCUGGCCGUGUGAAGCUCUUCGACGAGAAAUGGUCCGUGUCAACGUGGGCGGCGUCGUCCAUGGACCCGGACGACCACCUCUUCGCCUGCUGCAACGGCCUGCUCUGCUUCUACCGGAAGUACACGCUGAAGAUCGUCAACCCCGCGACCGGCCAGCGCCUGCACCUCUCGAAGCCCGACGGGAGAUCGCCCCGUGACCUGUACUACCUCUACAGCUUCGGGUUCCACCCGGCGACGGGGGAGUACAAGCUCGUCUACUUCCUCCGCGAGCCCCGGCACGGCCGGUCGUCGGGGCAGCCGUUCCGCUUCGACGCGAUACAGGUGCACACCCUCGGCGAGGGCGGGUGGAGGGACGUCAGGGCGCCGAGGGAGAGCUGCCUGGUGAACCUCGGCGUCGUCAACGUGGACGGGGCCAUGUACUGGCUCGCGGAGGAGGAAGGGGCCUGCUGCGGCGUGGCGGUCAUGGCGUUUGAUCUCAAGGAAGAGACAUUCUCGUCGCUGAGGCCUCCGCCGCUGAGAGGGUGCGGCGGGGCGACGGACGGGCCCUGCGGCGCUCCCGCGCUGUCCUACUACGUGACGGAGGUGGAGAAGAAGGCGUGCCUGGUGACCGCCCCAUUCAGCAGCAGCGCUCCCCGGUGGCGCCGCUACAACGCCGAGGUCUCCGGGAGGAUGGACGUCUGGACGCUCGAGAGCCGCGGCGAGGACCGGUGGUCGCUCAGGUACAGCGUCGACCUGUCGCCGUCGGCGCCGCGGUGCGUCCCGCAGCCGUGCUUCGUCCGCGGGGGGAAGGUCCUGCUGCACGGCCGCGACGGCGAUGCGUUCUGCCGGGACCUGCGGGGCGGGGGCGAGGACGACGGCGGGGAGGUGAGGCUGCUGAACUUGAGGCCUUACAGGUACUACGAGACGCAGGCGUACCUGUACAGGGAGACGCUCGUCCCGUUGGACGUGUACGCGGGGGCGGCCAUCGUUCGCUCGCCGCACUGGCCUCUCCCUCCACCAGGUUCCUGAAUUUCUGAUUACGACUCUGCGUUGGCCUUCUGUGGUCAUGGCCCAGUAUAGGUGUAGGUAACAGAGAUGUAUUUUGUACAAACUUUCGAACAUGAUUAUUUCUGAAACAUGAAUGAAUUAUGGUGUAAUUCUCGGUGGAGGUUUAAGCUACUGGUUAUUGUAACAUAUUGUAAACUAAUAAGGAUUUUGUGCCCCGGCAAAAAAAUAAGUAUUUUGUGCA